GUGCUAUAAUAGGUUUACCCGAAUAUCACGAACAACACGCACCGGCUUUCUUCCUUCCUUCCUGCACUACUUUUAGGUUUACCGCGAGUAGCUGAGCCGAGCUGGUGAUUGGCAUUCCUUCAAUGAUGGCGGAGACGAGUAAGAAUGCCAAAAUUGCGAGGAGGGCUGAUGGCGAUCCGGCUGGAAUCUCCGACAGACUCAGCUCCCUACCGGAUGAAAUCCUCUCCAGCAUACUCUCGCUCCUGCCAACCAAGUACGCGGCCGGAACCUCGGUGCUAAGCCGACGUUGGAAGGAUCUCUACACCGAGAUCACCAACAUCGACCUGGACAAUACCUUGGUUCACAAGCCUCUCAGCAAGCAACUCGCCUGCGAGAACAUGCCGCCCGACGCAGCCCAGAAGUAUCUGCAGAGGAAGAACCUAACUGGGUUCGAAGCGAGUAUGUAUAGAAUGCUCGCUAUGUCCAUCCUGUCACACAUUCGGCACUCCAGGUACCUGAAAUUCUCCCGCUUUAUCGACAACGUUCUGCUAGAACACAAGAAUCUCAACAGCGUGAGGCGCUUCCGCCUGCAUUUUUGGGUGAAGAAGCUCGAGUCCAACUUGAAGCCGCAGCUGUGGUUUUACUGGUUUGAGAAGGCGGUGACGCCUUCCUCGUGUGAGCUCGAGGAACUCGAUGUUAGAAUCGAGGGGGACAUCCUUGAACUUCCCAAUCGUAUGAUCUGUAUCGACGAAUGCUUCUACGCUUUGAAGAAUCUGAAAGUGAUGAAGCUCCAUGGGGUUAUUGUGGAGACUACUCCGCACGGCUCUGCUUCUCUUCCUAGUCUCAAGGUCUUGCAGCUUACGGGAGUGAAGACUGUGGAUUGCUCCGAGUCGGUAAGCAGGCUCAUCUCUGGUUGCCCUGUUCUGGAGACUCUUCAUCUCGAGAAUUGCAGUAGAUUAAAGAGCAGGAUGAUGACCGACAAGGAGAAAGACAUGCUCGUUGUUUACUUGCCAUCCUUGAGGAACUUGACCAUUAUCGGUUGUGUUGGCUAUGAUGUUACUCUGGUGUGUCCCAUUGUUGUACAAGCACCAAGUCUCCAGCAUCUCCAUCUUCAGGACUUUGCAGAGCUGCGGUUUCUCGACAGUCAAUCGCCUUGCCUUGUUUCUGCGCAGAUUGAUAUCGGUGAGAGCCAAAUCUUGGAUCAGUGCUUGAUUAGGUUCCUCGCCCAAAUCUCGAAUGCAAAGAGGAUGUACUUAUCUUCCCAGACAAUGUGUCUUCUGUCAGCAGCUGUGAAAGAAGAUGUCCAACUUCCUGUCUUCCCCAAUCUCACACAUUUGAUAUUGGGAACCGCGGGAAGCAGCUGCUGCCUACUGCACUCCUUGCUCAACUCUGCCACCAAAUUACAGACUCUUGUCAUUCACUUGGGGUGUGAUAAGGAAGAAGCAAUGAAGUGGGAGUCGGAACCUGCAUGCCUUCCCCAGUGUUUGGUGUCAAGCCUCGAGGAAAUCGAGAUCAAUGAUCUGGUAGCAGAUGAAAACGAGAUGAAAAUGGCGACGUAUCUGCUCAAUGCAGGAGCAAAACUGAAGAUAAAGAAGGUGAACAACACAUGCUUACCUCCUGGUGAUGGUCUUGACAUCAAAGACGGCAAUUUCACACAUCUUGCACAGCUGCUUAACCUGCCUAGGGGAUCCAACGACGAGGUUGAGGGCGAUAAUGACGACGAGAUCAACUUCACGGACGAGAUUGAGUACAAAGCUGAGGAUAACAACACCAGUGAGGAAGAUGAUGAGAUCAAUAUCGACGAUGAGAUCAAUAACUAUGAUGAUUACGAUUUAACACUCACUGACCUGCUGUUUGUUAUAUCAAAACUGAAGAACUAAUUAAUCCUAUAUGAUCUUGGGAACUCGGAAAGGAAUGGAUCUCCAAUGUGGGAUAGACUCAAUUCAUCGCCUUCUUGAUGCUGGAAGUAGUGUUACCAGAGCCCUUUUACCUAAGAGACCAAGCAAUCGAAUGUGAGGCCUAUGGACAGAUUUUGGUAGGGAUUUUAACGGUGAGUAGUAUAUUCCUCAUUGGAAAUAAUCAAUCUUCCCGCCCUAAUAUGAGGAAAAAAAAAAUCAAUCUUCCCGCCCUAAUAUGAGAAAAAAAACUACAGAUUUUUCUGCAUAGGUGGAUGAAGAAUCGCGAACAUAACAAUUUCUGGUUGACCGUGAAUAAGUUAAGUAAACUCUCUCAUGAAACUCAUAACCCUGACCCUAGACUAGAAAAGAACUCCAUGACUGCGAACUAUCAAGUAAAAGGUGAGAAGCAGAUAUAAGUAGGAAUGGCAAUGGGCAGGUUCGGGACGGGUAUCUCGAUAACCAUAUCCGCCCCUGGCAGAUUGAGUCCAGAUCGAAUAAUUCAUCACAUGACGUGGGCCGGGGGCAGGUCGACCCAUAUGGAUAUGGGUAUGUAGCUUAAAAUGAAAAGGUUAGAAAUAC